AUGUACCAGCAAAACUCUACCUGGGCAGCGACUCAGGAGAAGCAGCUUAGACUUUUCGCGGCCGACCCAGAUGAGAAGCGUCUUCGAUUCAAGCCAAUGCCCCGUAGUCAGCGCGCCUUCAUCCACCACCUGGCUGAAGAUUUUGGCAUGGACUCCGAGAGCAUGGAUCCAGAACCACAUCGACAUGUGGCCAUCUUCAAGACCCCUAAGUUCGUCAUGGCCCCAAUGCGGACACUUGCGGACUGCGCCAGAACUCGUCAAGUUCAACAACGUCUUGCGCCUGCGCCCACACCAGCAGUGUCUUCCACUGCCACAUUGCGCCCCAAGCCCAGCAACACCAAUGGCGACCCCUAUAACGCGUUCCUUAUCCUGAAUCCUCGCUUUGCGCUCACUAUCGAAGAGCUCAACCCCAUCAUCAAGAGCGUACUCGCAACGACAUCGUUCCGAUGCGAGCUAGAGGUCACCUUCCUUCCCAGCGAAGCCGUAGCAUUGAAGCCACCUCUAGCAGCUCGGCUCAGCAUCCCAGAACGCGAAAUGCAGACCAUGCUCGAAUCGAUCCAAGCACCGCUAACCAAAGCUCUCACCACGCAAAACAUCGGCAAAAGCAUGCAGCUUGCGCGUCUCGACUCCUCACUCAACAUCCUGCGCAAAGAGUCUGAUGUAGGUCCCGGUUCAGGCUGGAGCGAAGUGGCAGCCUCGAAGGGUGUUCCAAACCGCCAGCUCCCAAAGACAACUUCCUUCGGGAACAAGGGCGGGUUUGCGGUGCUCAGCUUGAGUAGCAAGAAGAAGAAACAGAAGGAGGUACCUGUUGAGGUUGCAGAGAGCUGGGAGGAGGCCGAGGAGGAGGAGGAGCAGAAGGAGAAGGUUAGUGGGGCUAACAGCGCUGUCAUGAGCGAGGAUGAAGGUGCGUCCAAGGAUGUGCCUGAGGCUUCGGGCAGUACGCCGGCUAGCGACGAGAAUCAUGUCGCGCCGAAAGAUGAUGCUGAGCUCGCCACUAAGCCACUACCGGGACGUUGGUCGGAUCUGGAUGACGAGUAG